UAGUCAAGCCACAGCGAACGCUCUAGUCCUGGCCGGCGCUUUGUGAUACCGAGGCGAAACAGGUUAUAGGUUCUACAUCUCUAUCUACGCUCAUCUAAUAAUAGAAAUGACACAAAGACCGAGAAGUUGACAAGCGUAACUUUUAAACAUCAUUAUUUUCAUUAUAGCUAGAAUUUAUAGUGAUGUUUGGUGCAACCGAACUUCGAGGGCACGUUACAUAUUAAGAGAACCAAGAUAAGGAAGUGAGCAAAAAAAGAGAACAACACAUCCGCUUGCGUAAAAAUGGGUGAAGAAAAAGCGUAGAUGAUGUCAGUCGUGUUGCAGCAAGGAGAAGAUAACAGUGAAGCAUAAUUCGCACAAAGAACAGGCGUGUGAUAGUGAAGAUUAAGUGACGGUAAUGCUGGGCAAUGAUAACAGACAUAAUAGUGAGGCUGGUCAUCCUGCUGUGGAUGUCAGCGACAGCUUCUGGUCACGAGGAUACUCCAGCUGCCGCGCGGCUUUGGUUUGAAGGCAACUCGACAUCACAAAGCUUCGAGUUCACACUCAAGGAGUAUGGGAGAGAAGGCGACAGAGUUGCGGCCCAGAUGCAGCGGGUGCUGUCGCCUCACGUCGUGCUAACGGACUGGCAAGUUCAAAUGAGCACAGAAGCACGUGCGGGGGAGGGGCUGCAGAUGACAGUCCACAACCCGCACACGGGCGUCAUCACCUUCCAGAAGGUGUUCCGGCUCGGGUUGGUGUUCGGUCACUACCUGGACCUACAGUGGCAUGUGGGGCGCAUACAGGAAGGCAGCGUGAUCGUCUUCAUGGUCUGUGGGUCUGGCAUGAUAGGUCUCAGAGACGCAGCCAUCACCCUGCAGGACCUGGGCUCAGUCCUGGCAGACCAUCUGCCAGAGACCGCUCACUGGAUCUGGGUCUUCGUCAAGGGAGGUAGAACUAUCAUAGAGACGGCUAUGCUGGAAACUCAAUUGCCGGUGACGGCACACGCUCCCUUGUUGACUUAUCCACAAACCAGACAAUAUUUUGAAGAUAGUCUGGAACAGCGAAGGUGGGAGCUGUGUGAAGUGCAGGAAGCCUUGGGGCCGUUCUGUGACGAGAGACACCCAGCAUCGAUACGACCGGAGCCUCAGCCGCUGCCUCACACAGAUAUUCUAGAUCAAAUUCCAGUCAUUAUGACGGGUGGCACGAGAAUCGCGUACCUGUACACAGCCCUCUCUGCCCUGUUGAAAGCUCCAGGUCUGCGUAAACAUAAUUUUAAAGUGUUCUUAGGGGACACUUCACCACAAGUAAUAGAACUUCUGAACUUGAUGGACAUACAGUACGUCGAGACUCUGGUGUACGGAGACGGAAACGUCAAACUUUUCCAGUACUACAGAUCAGCCUAUCAGUACGUGGCAGAUUCAUACCCAGAAGCUCCAGCAGCUAUCUUUAUGGACGAGGACGUCGAACUUUCCCCGGAUUACUUCUCUCUCAUGAGCCAAAUGAUCCCGCUGUUGAGAAUAGAUCCAACGAUUUACUGCGUGACAGGUUUCGGAGCUGCUUCAACGCAAUCAUUCUACGGUGAAGAUGACAAACUGAAGCGAGUGUCGUCCCAGGUGCUGUGGGGAUACGCUCUAACACUUGAUUUCAUACGUGAGGCCUUACGUGAAUGGCCAACUAGUCGGAAAUACAAUGUUAUUUACGAUCUGUGGAUGUUCGACAACGUCGUUGAUAAUAGGGAGUGCGUGGUACCAGAAAUGUCUAGAGUCCGGCACUUUGGAGCCGGCCAGAACACUCUAGGGUUUGACUUGGAGAAAUUUUUUCUUACCACUCAAUUAGUGAAUAAAACAGGCAUUAAAAUCACUAACCUGGAAGAAAUGCCUCAUAAAAACUGGUCGAAGAAGAUUAUCAGAGAACUUCAAAAAGCGACCGUAUUAGAAGGUAACCCAUGCGAGAAAGGGUUCUUUCACAACCGGCCAAAUGGAACCUACGUAUUCUUCUAUUACCUGGAAAGUGAUGAAAAUGGCAUGUACCAGAUCGACAACUAUUUCGCGAUAGGAGAAUGCCAGAACUUUUGGGGCCAGUCUGACCAAGGUUGGCACGAGGCGGUGACUUCUCUUAAGCCAAAACCUGGCAUCAAAUUAUACCUCGUGGGAGCACCUUACUCACCGUACGUGGAUAAGCUGAAAUUAGUCCCUAAGACCUGGGACAAAGCGAAAUUGACAGAGGGCGAGAAAGCCAGAGUAUUCAGGCAUAUGAUGGCUUACUAUGACGAGCGAAAGGCUAAUAUAAGAAAAAAAUCUCAAGACAAACGCUACAUGAAAGAUUUGUUCCGCAACAGAGGAAGUUGAAUUGUCCAGUAAUAAAAGUAUUUUACUUUUACUGUAAAAAAUGAUGACAAUUCAGAGGCGGAGAGAAUCUCUGCAGGCCACUGGCAUCUGUUGCCAAUAAGGUGCUCUAUAGUUACUUGAAGUGUACGAACAGUCUCAAUAUAUAGGGACUUUCUUGCGGAAAUGACCUCAAUUCAAUUCUAAUCUAAUUAAAUUUAAAUUAAAUAUCCAAUUUAAAUCCUACUUGUGAU